ACGGAUCUACAUUCUUUACAUUCUAAUUUCUACAAACCCAAAACGGCGAACCCAAUGAGGGCAUUUGGUGUUUACUCACACACAGCUCUAUAAGCCCAUUCCCUUUCUUCCUCACAGAUCCCACUCUCUCUUCAAACCCUACAUUUUUUCUCUUCAAUUUCCAUCUCAAUUUCCCUUUUCUUUUCCAAUUCACUCUUCUACGCGUUUCUGAUCCGUUAAUAUCCUCCACUUCAUCGCUCUGCACUAAAUGCGAUGGUGGUCUGCAAAUGCCGAAAGGCAACCAAGUUGUACUGUUUCGUGCACAAGGUCCCGGUUUGUGGAGAAUGCAUCUGUUUUCCUGAGCACCAAAUAUGCGUGGUCCGUACGUACUCAGAAUGGGUGAUAGAUGGAGAGUAUGAUUGGCCUCCAACAUGUUGUCUUUGUCAAGCGGCACUCCAAGAGGGGACGGAUUCUCAAACGACUCGAUUAGGCUGCUUGCAUAUCAUACACACAAAUUGUUUGGUUUCACAUAUUAAAAGUUUUCCUCCGCACACUGCACCAGCUGGAUAUGCAUGUCCUGCAUGUUCCACUUCGAUAUGGCCCCCUAAAAGCGUUAGAGAUUCAGGGUCACGUCUUCAUUCAAAAUUGAAGGAAGCUAUCAUGCAGACUGGCAUGGAAAAGAACUUAUUUGGAAAUCAUCCAGUUUCAUUACCAGCAGUGGAAUCUCGUAGUCCUCCUCCUGCUUUUGCCUCAGAUCCUCUGAUGCAUGUCUCUGCUACAAGCUCAUCACCCUCAAUAGCAAAGGAUGAAACAAACUUUACUGAUGGUUACUCAUCUGCCAAUGGAACUGGCCCUUCUAAACUUUCCGUAUCAGAUAUUGUGGAAAUAGAUGGUCCUAGCUCAGCAGGGAAUGCGCAGAUCUCUAAUCAUGAGACAAAUUUUAUGAAAAGCACAAGUCCCUCUGGUCCUGGUGCUACAACGCGAAAGAGUGGAUUAUAUGUUGAAAGGCAAAACUCCGAAAUCUCUUAUUAUGCUGAUGAUGAUGAAGAUGGGACGCAUAAGAAGUACACUCGAAGGGGUCCUUUCCACCACAAGUUUCUUAGAGCAUUGCUGCCUUUCUGGUCUUCUGCACUGCCAACUUUACCAGUGACUGCACCUUCACGGAAAGAUGCAUCAAAUGCAGAUGAUGUCCUGGAAUCUCGUCCACGGCAUCAGAGAUCUUCUCGGAUGGAUCCAAGAAAAGUCCUUCUUAUCAUAGCAAUAAUGGCAUGCAUGGCAACUAUGGGUAUUCUGUACUACAGACUUGCACAACGUGGUUUGGGAAAAGAGAUGCCUGAUGAUGAGCAGCAGUGAUUUAUCAUACAAGGUUGUAUUGAAAUUUGGGUGACAAUUUUUAUUUCACUUAACAUGCAGAUUGUCUGUGCUGCAGUGCCUGGUGCUUCUGCUGCUUCUUGUUUUUGUUCAGUUCCUGCCUCUCAUGGAUACGUUGCUUGUUUCAGUGAAUCACACAAAUACAUAAUCCUUGUGAAUUUUCAUUUCACUGUCUGCUGGAGCAUAAUGUUACACAAUCUUCACUCUUCA